AUGGUGGAGAACGCCGCCGCGAUGGCCACCAAAGCCAGCCUGGCUGCCGCGGCCGCCGCCUUCUCGUCGUCUUGCUCGACGGGGCGCGGCCUGGGGGCGUCGGGGGGGCUCCGCCUGGAGGCGGUGAUGGAGAACCUGCAGCGGGCGCAGGCGGCGCGCCUGGAGGAGAAGCUGCGCCGGGCCCAGGCGGCGGCGGCGGCGGCGGUUCCCCCGACGGCCGGCCCGGCAGCAGCAACCGCGGGAAGCCCUGCGGGAGGAGCCGGCCCGACGGCGCCGCCCUUGGCCCUGCGCCUCUUCGCCGCCGCCGGAGGACGCGCGCCUGGGGGGCUGCCCGUGGCCCGCGCCCCUCCCACGGCGCCCCCCGGCCGCCCGGAUCGGGGCCCCGCCUCGCACCCCCCGCAGGAGGCGGCCGCCGUCGAGGAAGACUCGGAGGAAGAGGAGGAGGAAGACCCAGCGGCCGGAGGGGAGCCCCGCUACGCCCAGCGCCCCCCCUCGCCCCCGCCGCCGCCCCCCCAGCAGCAGCACCACGAGUGGACCUACGAGGAGCAGUUCAAGCAGCUCUAUGAACUGGACACAGACCCCAAACGCAAAGAGUUCCUGGACGACUUAUUUGGCUUCAUGCAGAAGAGAGGAACGCCCGUAAACAGGAUUCCCAUCAUGGCCAAACAGGUCCUGGAUUUGUACACCCUCUACCGGCUGGUGACGGAGAAAGGGGGUCUGGUGGAAGUCAUCAACAAGAAGAUCUGGCGGGAGAUCACCAAGGGGCUCAGCCUGCCCACCUCCAUCACCAGCGCCGCCUUCACGCUCCGCACACAGUACAUGAAAUACCUCUACCCUUACGAGUGUGAGAAGCGGGCGUUGAGCUCUCCCGGGGAGCUGCAGGCUGCCAUCGACAGCAACCGGCGGGAGGGGCGCCGGCAGACCUUUGGGACCACGUUGUUCAACUACUCCCCCGUGGGGACGCCGGCCGUCUUGCCUUCUCCCAAGCUCUCCAUGCCUGCCCUCACCAUCUCCACCCACAGCUGCAGCCAGAUCAGCCAAGUCCACAGCGUCAAGAAAGAAGAGAACCUCCUGGCAUCCACCGUGCCCAGCCGCAUCGCCAUCCCCGUCAGCCUCGCCGGGCAUCACUUGGCAGCGGCGCAAGUGGCGGCGUCUCAGGCGGCCACGCUAGAGCAGCUGCGGGAGAAGCUGGAGACGGGGGAGCCGCCGGAGAAGAAGAUGGCCCUGGUGGCCGAGGAGCAGCAGCGGCUGGUCCAGCACGCCCUCCAGCAGAACAUCUUGGCCGUGGCUUCCCAGUUCCCCGUCAAUAUCAAGAUCAACAACCGCGGAGAUGACAGACAGGAGGCUGCAUUGAACCUGUCCACCAACGGCUUUAGCAGCAUCAACAUGUCAAUAGAAAUAAAUGGAGUUGUCUACACAGGUGUGCUGUUUGCCCGGAGGUCCAGCGUCACUGGCAGCGCCGGGGGUUCUCACAGCCACGGCAGCCCCAUGAUGUCACAGAGCCAGCUGCUGUCCACGGCGUCACGUGGCCACGCUCCGGCCAGCACCUCGGCAUGAGGGGGACAUGUCCAGAGCU